AGAUGUCACUAAUAACGCAAUACGCAAUUCUGUGCAACAACAAGCCAAAUAAAAGUCAGCGAUUUUGUGAUUUGAUCUAGAGAAAAUCCAAGAUCUCUAAUUCACUACAGACGUGUCAUUGCACAAUUUAUGUGAAAACUCAAUUAACAACAAUUUUCAUACAUCUGUUAGUGUACAUUGAAACCGCACCGUUGUUUAAUUUCAUUCAUAAAAAUGUGGCCAGAAAUUAAACAAGCAAAAGACGAGAAUAAGCGUGAGCUGAAGUUGGCUGGUGCCGAAAUCAGCGAACGAAUCGACAAAGAUGGCAUCGAUAUCAGUUUGUUUGCACUGGAAUCGUUGAAUUUGCUCAACAUCAGCGAUACAUCAUUGAAAGCACUGCCAAUCGAAAUAUCUAACCUCAUUAAUUUGCAAACAUUGCUGUUAUAUGGCAACGAAAUUGAAACAAUUCCCGAUACGAUUGGUUCGCUUGAAAAACUCAAGGUACUGGAUGUAUCGCGAAACAAAUUGCAAAAUGUGCCUGAUUCCAUCACAAAACUGGUCAACUUGACAACGAUCAAUUUCUCCAACAAUCGAAUUGAACAGUUCCCCACAUUGAAUAGUUCAAAACUUUCAACCAUCGAUUUAUCUGCCAAUAAUCUAACCGAUUUUCCACACAUUUAUUCCAUUGAAAAUAGUAAUCUUUCAGAGAUUUACUUGAAGGAAAAUUCUAUCGAUCAAAUUCCACACGGUAUCGAUAAGUUGGUGUCAUUGAAGCAUUUUUCCAUGGCCAAAAAUAAAUUGAAAAAAAUUCCAAAAAGUUUGGCCAACAUUUCGAAAUUGAAGGAUCUCGAUUUAUCCGAAAAUCCUGUCGCAGACAAGCGAUUGUUGAAAUUAAUUCAACAGUGCCGGACAAAACAGGUGCUUGACUAUGUUAAGCAACACGGUGAAGAUGCACCAAAAUCCACUGAAAAUGAUUCAAACUCCAGCCAGAAGUCAGCCAAAUCGAAGAAGUCAAAGAAAAGUGAAAGUUCGGACGAAGCAAGAUACAAGUUCAAUUUGAAACGUCACACUGAUGAAACCGUCAAGGUCAUUUACGAAGAUUCAAUCAAAGAUGUUCGUCAGUUCAUUUUGUGUUGCAUCGUGGAAAAUGUGAACUUGACCGAUGGAAAAUUUCGUGAAUUUUUGCAUAUUCAAACGAAAUUGCACGAGACCGUGUGCGGAAAACGUGAAAAAUCAACAAUUGCUACACAUGACCUAAACAAAUUACCACUUCCAUUGGAUGCUGAUUGUACACCGUUUGUACGUUACACCGCUAAAGAUGCUGAUAAAUUGAAAAUUCAACCGUUGGGCAAAGCUAAGAUCGUAACGGCUCAAGCGCUGUACAACGAACUGAAAUCGGAGGCGGAAGCAAUUCGAAAACAAAAACAACGCAACACAUAUUCUGGUAUUCACAAGUACUUGAAAUUGUUGGAGAAGCAAACACAAUUCUCGUGUAUCGAAGACGCACUUGGAACAGUCAUCAGUUUACCGCCGCUCACAAAUGGUGAAACCACAAAAAUUUCACCUGAAACUAAAAACAUCUUUAUCGAGAUCACAAGUCAUUCAGCGCAUAGCGAUUGUGUAGCCACAAUUGAAGCGUUGCUUAAAGCAAUGCUGAUCGCUGGCUUUGGCACUAGUCAAAAUGAACAAUGUGAUAUAAAUGUCAAGCGACUUGAUCUUCGCCAAGUGAAGAUAACCGAUGCCGAAGGAUAUUUGCGUCGUGUAUAUCCAGCCAAAGGCGAUCUGAUUUUCGAUGCAAAUGAAAGUAUUGCAGUUGAACGCGAAUAAAAACAACACUAUUUAUUUAAUCCAUUUCAAUUUUUUAUAUUUUCACUUGAAAAAAAUAUAUUGAUUUUUUUUUCUCAUCAACAA